UUUCAAAUUCACACAGUGCAGUGCAGUGAUUCAUCUUUCUUCUCUGUUCCAUCUUUGGCUGAAUUCUAAUCCUAUUUUCUGUAACUUCCGGAAAGCUAUGGAGUUCGUGAGCUCAAUCGUGGGUCUGGUCCCCUGCUUCUAUGAUCACACCUCCAAGCACACGGUCUACAUUCGUGAUCUGAGAAAAAAUCUCCAAGCCUUGAGCAAAGAAAUGGUGGAUCUGAACAACUUGUAUGAAGAUGUGAAGGAAAGGGUUGAACGUGCAGAGCAACAACAGAUGAAGCGCAGAAAGGAAGUGGGUGGGUGGAUCCGUGAAGUAGAAGCCAUAGAGAAAGAAGUCCACGAAAUUCUGCAAAGAGGAGAUCAAGAAAUCCAGAAGAGUUGUAUCGGAUGCUGUCCCAGGAAUUGUUGGUCUAGCUACAGGAUUGGAAAGGCAGUAAGUGAAAAGCUGGUUGCUGUAUCUGGUCAAAUCGGCAAAGGACAUUUCGAAGUUGUAGCCGAGAUGUUGCCUCGUCCUCCAGUUGAUGAACUGCCCAUGGAGGCGACAGUGGGCCCACAAUUGGCGUAUGAAAAGAGCUGUAGGUUUCUCAAAGAUCCACAAGUGGGAAUUAUGGGAUUGUAUGGAAUGGGGGGUGUUGGCAAAACCACCCUUUUGAAGAAAAUCAACAAUGAAUUCCUUGCAACAUCCAAUGACUUUGAGGUUGUGAUUUGGGCAGUGGCGUCAAAAUCGCCCGACAUUGAAAAAAUUCAGCAAGUUAUUUGGAAUAAAUUGGAAAUCCCACGUGAUAAAUGGGAAACUAGAAGCAGUAGGGAGGAGAAGGCUGCAGAAAUAUUGAGAGUUCUGAAAAGAAAAAGGUUCAUCUUGUUGUUGGAUGACAUUUGGGAGGGACUUGAUCUCCUAGAAAUGGGGGUCCCGCGUCCAGAUACUGAAAAUAAGUCCAAGAUAGUUUUGACGACCCGUUCACUGGAUGUCUGCCGCCAAAUGAAAGCUCAGAAGAGUAUAGAAGUGGAAUGUUUGGAGUCAGAAGAUGCCUGGACUUUGUUCCGGAAGGAGGUAGGAGAAGAAAUAUUAAAUUCUCAUCCGGAUAUACCGAUGCUUGCAAAGAUUGUUGCUGAAGAGUGCAGAGGUUUACCUCUCGCUCUUGUCACUCUUGGGCGGGCCAUGGCAGCUGAGAAAGAUCCCUCAAACUGGGACAAGGUAAUACAAGAUCUACGCAAAUCUCCAGCUGAAAUCACAGGUAUGGAAGAUAAAUUGUUUCAUCGAUUGAAACUCAGUUAUGAUAGGUUGCCUGACAAUGCCAGCAAAUCUUGUUUUAUAUAUCAUUCCAUGUUCCAAGAGGACUGGGAGAUUUAUAAUUUUCAACUUAUAGAACUUUGGAUAGGGGAGGGGUUCAUGGGUGAAGUUCAUGACAUACAUGAAGCACGUGAUCAAGGGAAGAAAAUUAUUAAAACUUUAAAGCAUGCAUGUUUAUUGGAGAGCGGUGGUUCAAGAGAAACAAGGGUUAAGAUACAUGAUGUGAUCCGCGACAUGGCUUUAUGGUUAUAUGGUGAACAUGGGGUGAAAAAGAACAAAAUUCUAGUAUACAAUAAGGUUGCUAGGCUUGAUGAAGAUCAAGAAACUUCCAAAUUGAAAGAAACAGAGAAGAUAUCAUUAUGGGAUAUGGAUGUUGGGAAGUUCCCAGAAACAUUGGUGUGCCCCAAUCUUAAGACUUUAUCUGUGAAAAAAUGUCAUAAUUUGAAGAAAUUUCCAAAUCGAUUCUUUCAAUUCAUGCUUCUACUUAGAGUACUGGAUUUGUCAGGCAAUGAUAAUUUAAGCGAGUUGCCAACCGGGAUUGGUAAAUUGGGUGCCUUGAGGUAUCUUAAUUUGUCAUUCACAAGAAUAAGGGAGUUGCCCAUUGAACUAAAGAAUUUGAAAAAUCUGAUGAUUUUGAUUAUGGAUGGUAUGAAAUCCCUUGAAAUUAUUCCACAAGAUGUGAUAUCAAGCCUUAUAUCCUUGAAGUUGUUCUCCAUUUACGAAUCCAAUAUUACAAGUGGAGUUGAAGAAACUUUAUUGGAGGAGUUGGAGUCCUUGAAUGACAUCAGUGAGAUAUCAAUCACCAUAUGCAAUGCUCUUUCAUUCAACAAACUAAAGAGUAGUCAUAAAUUACAAAGGUGCAUACGUCAUCUACAUUUACAUAAAUGGGGGGAUGUGAUCUCACUUGAACUAUCAUCUUCAUUUUUUAAAAGAACGGAGCAUUUGAAGGAGCUUUAUAUAAGCCAUUGCAAUAAAUUGAAAGAAGUGAAAAUUAAUGUGGAAAGACAAGGGAUACUCAAUGAUAUGACUCUUCCAAACAAAAUUGCAACAAGGGAGGAAUACUUCCACACCCUUUGCAGUGUGCUUAUAGAACAUUGUUCGAAAUUGUUAGACUUAACAUGGCUUGUUUAUGCUCCAUAUCUUGAAGGACUUUACGUUGAAGAUUGUGAAUCAAUAGAAGAAGUGAUACGUGAUGAUAGUGGAGUCUGUGAAAUUAAGGAAAAAUUGGACAUAUUCUCAAGGCUCAAAUACCUCAAGCUCAAUAGGCUGCCAAGAUUGAAGAGCAUCUACCAGCAUCCACUACUCUUUCCCUCUCUUGAAACCAUCAAGGUGUGUGAAUGCAAAAGCUUAAGGAGCCUCCCGUUUGAUUCCAACACUUCAAAUAAUAGUCUGAAGAAAAUUAAAGGAGAGACAAGUUGGUGGAAUCGGUUGAAGUGGAAAGAUGAAACUAUCAAGCACUCUUUUACUCCGUAUUUCCAAAUCCAUGAAGCUGAAGCAUAUUCAACUGACACUGAGGAGUCUGAAACUGGCAGCAUAGAUGAUAUGCAAGAACAACCGGUAUCAAAUUAACUUCUAUCAAUCUUUCAGAGUUGGGGCUUGUUCUAGAAGUUCUGACAACAGCUGGGAUUCAAUUAGCUCUAUCUAGUGGAGCCUUGAGUUUUUUGGUUGGAUGUAGAGUAGGGUCUUGUUCUACCCCUUCUUACUCAGUUGGGAUAUGAGCUUCUUCGGCUGCUUCCGUUUCGUCCUGCUCUUUUUCCUUCUAAUUGGUAUAGAUGUGAGCUGGAUUAUGUUUGCUUGCUGGUCUGAGUUUCUGAUAUGUUUUGUGGCGGUGUGCUGAUUCUCAGAGUAUCGUUAUUCAUGGUGCUCAGUCUGCUGGGAAAGUUGCUUAAUGUCCAGAUGCUGGGGCUCUUCUCGGCAGGCUUUGGUUGGGAUCCAUGUGUUUGCUGGAAUUGGAUUCUGUGGGUUGCCUUUGGCUUUUGAUUUAGGCUGGGUUUGUUUUCUUUGUUGAGACUGGUGGAGUAUGGUGGCUCAGAAGUUGCUAGUAAUCUGUCUGUUGUAUGCUGACGCUGGAAUCUUCAUGGUGGUUGCUCUGCUGGGUCUAUAUAAUAUGUGAAUGCUUUUGCCUUUUUGAGUCCUUGGGCGUCAGCUGGUUGCUUGUGUUUCCUCUGCGCUUUAGUUCAUAUACCAGAGUGCAUACUUCCUUGAGUUCCAUAUCCCACUGCCAAGUGUGUUGUCCAUGAUGUGUAAAGCAGUUAAUUUGUAUACCUGGCCUUCAGUUCCUCUCUAGAAAACUUUGAACGCCCUUUAUGAAUGAAAUGUUGUGAGAAAAACUGGAGUUGAUUUUCACAUUUGAGGUCGUUAAUGGUGAUUUUUCUUAAUGUAAUUGUGAUUGAAAAGAAAUUUGAUCAAGGAGAGUCGAUCUUAUUCAACA